GUUUAACGGCAGCCUGUCGGGAGCUCCGCGGUCACAUGAAUGGAGGAAACGUUGAGUUUUGUCGGAGCGGACCGGAGGAGGAGGAAGAGGAGGUGAACUUUUCCCGCGGUGUGGUGGUGUAGCAGCGUAAUGUGUAGUGAUGGAGGAGGUGGCGCACAGCCACUACGUCGCCCAGCUGAAGGCCGAGUUCGACAGCUGCGACACAACGGCCACCGGCUUCCUGGAUCGAGAGGAGCUGACGGCGCUCUGCCGAAAACUGCAGCUGGACGCUCACCUGCCGCUGCUGCUGGACACGCUGCUGGGAGAACGCACCUACGCCAGGGUGAACUUUGAGGAGUUUAAAGAAGGUUUUGUGGCCGUGCUGUCUCGCUCGCUGGACUUCAGCACAUCAGAGGAUGACAGCAGCUACCUGGAGCCAGUUGUUCCAGAGGAGGUGAAGCCAAAGUUUGUGAAGGGAGCGAAACGUUAUGGCCGCCGCUCCCGUCCUGACAGCAAACCCGAUGCCGCUCUGACCUGCGACUCAGAGGACUCGCCGCCGUCCAGAACCGAAGCCACAGACUCGUCACCAGCCGGCGUCCGCAGGGCCAAACUCAGACGAUCCACGUCUCUGGAGAGUGUCGAGAGCCUGAAGUCUGAUGAGGAGGCAGGAAGUCAGAAGGAGAACGUCCGGGCAGACUUUCAGUCCACAGGCCCUCAGCAGGGGGAGGUGGAGCUGGGAGUUGUCAUAGGAGGAGGUGGAGGCGUUCUGACGGCAGCGUGCGAUCACCCGGGCCUGCGGCAGCUCAACACUGAGGAGCUGGACGUGCUGCUCAGGAAGUUGGACGCCGACAUGGACGGCAGAGUCAGCAUCAGGGACUUCCAGAAGGUUCUCUGCGGCUCCGCCCCUGUGUCCUGCUCCACCCCUGUACGAUCAGCUGACCUGCAGAGGGCACCACACAGGUCUCAGGCGGCGUUAGAGGAGCGCUCGGCUCGCUCCACCUCGCCGUCCCUGCUGACGGCCACGGUGGGUCAGAGAGUCCUCAGCCGGCUGGACGACGGCUCAGGAUGCAGCAGCCCCGAGCGGGUCAUCGCCCUCUGGACCGAGGAGGGCAUCAGGAACAGCCGGGAGAUCCUGCAGACUCUGGACUUCCCUCUGGAGGAGCGUCUCAGUCUGGCGGACCUCACUCUGGCUCUGGACAACGAGCUGCUGGUGAGCGGGAACGGCAUCCACCAGGCGGCGCUCAUCUCCUACAAGAACGAGAUCCAACACCUGCAGGCGGUGACGGAGCAGGCCUGCAGGGAGCGGGAUAAGGUGAAGGCAGACCUGGAUCUUGCUGAUCAGAGGAACCUGCAGCUGGUCAGAGAGGUGGACGACCGGCACGCCAGCAUGGAGACCCUCAACCAGAGCCGGAUCAGGGACCUGGAGCAGGACUUCCGCGAUAGGCUGACGGCUCUGCGCAGUCAGUCGGAGCAGGAGAGCGAGGCUCUGCUGCAGCUGGCGGAGAGAGAACGCAGCACGCUGCAGGACGAGCUGCAGACGCUCCGAGCGCAGGAGGCGGAGCUGCAGGAGGAGGUCUGCAGCGCCACACAGGAGAACAGUCGUCUGGAGGAGGAGCUGACUGUUGUGAAGCUGAAGCUGAAUGAAGCAGAAAGCUCAGUGAACAGACUGCAGAGAGACCUGGACCAGCUGCUGCACGACAAGUUUGGCAGCUUGGACCCGGCAGGUGCUGGUCUGAGUCUCGAGGAGCGAUUCUCAGAAAUCGUCAAAGAGUACGAGCUGCAGUGUCGGGAGCUGCGGGACAGAAAUGAUGAGCUGAGCUCAGAGCUGGAGCUGCUGAAGAGUCACAGGAGCGACAGGAAGUCCAGGCGAUCGGCGGGAGACGCCUCCGCUCUGAGUUGGACCGAACAACGGUCCAUCAACACCGAGUCAGACUCUGACGAGGUGGACAUGAAGCGCAGCUCGUCUCCUCCGGUCAGGAAGAAACUGCAGCCGGCGGAUAAAACUGCUCUGUGUUCAUUGGACGGCGUCUCUGGUCCCUCUGUCAGUAUUCAGACUGAACUGGCUCUGGAGCAGCUGAAGCAGAACCACAACCAGGAGGUGCAGCAGCUGCACAUCCAGCUGGAGACACAGGUGAACUACUACGAGCGCAGUCUGGAGCUGAUGAGACAGAGCAUGGAGGUGGAACGUAAAGACAUCUCUCAGGCCUUCAAGCUGGAGAUCAGUGAGCUGGAGGAGCAGAAAGCUCAGGCGGAGCAGCAGGUGAAGCAGCUGAAGGAGACGCUGGACAAACUGCAGACUCAGAUCCAGCAUGCAGGAGGAGGAGGAGGGUGGAGCAACGAGCAGGAGCGCAGGAUGCAACGGGAGCGGGCGGAGCUGGAGCAGAACUUUGCCAGAGAGAUCAGUAACCUGGUCCAGAGGCUGAGUGCUGAGAAGGAUCAGCUCGAGGCCGAGCUGAAUCUGAACAUGGACCAGGAAGUGAUGCUGGUCAGGGAGGAAGCAGAGCAGCAGCUCUCGCAGAUGAAGCUGCAGCACGACGAGGGGCAGCGCCACCUCCUUCAGCAGCUCCACCAGGAGCGACAGAGGCUGCAAGAGCAGAGAGGAUUCUGGGAAAACCGGCUCACCCAAUCAGAGCAGGAGAAGCUGUGCUGCGAAGAGAGAGCCGAGGAGGAGCGGGUCAGGAUCUGGAGUCGGUUCUCUUCAGAGAAGAUGAAGGUGGAGGAGCAGCACAAGGAGGAGGUCUGUCAGCUGAAGGAGCAGGUCUCCAGUUUACAGGAGGUCAUACAGAGCUCCCAGCUGCAGAUCAGCCAAUCAGAGGCCGGUUUAGAGGAGUUCAGAAAGCACUGUGGUCAGUUAGAGGAUGACCUUAAAGCUUCUCGUGGCCGUUGUUCUGAGCUAGAAGCCAGACUGGAGGAAGCCUGCACUCAGCUGGAGGAGAGCAUCGCCUUCCUGGAGAGUCAUGAGGUUUUAAACAAACGCCUCGCCUCCGAGAAGAGCUCCGUGGAGGAGGAGCUGCAACUGGUGAAGACCAAGGAGGAGCAGCUACUCGUCCAGGUGACCCAGCUGAAAGAGGAGCUGGGAGACCUCCAGGCUGCGUCCGACAGCAUCCUGCAGGACAGGGAGGUGGUGGCCGACAACUGCAGCCGCCUCUCCAACGCUUUUGUCCAGCAGCAGGCCCAGCUCCGAGCCAGAGAGCAGACUGUCAACGCCCUGAGGUCCGAGCUGGAGAGUCUGCAGGAGGCCAUGAGGAGCAAGACUGACUGCCUCUCCAAACUGACCGCUGAGCUGGACUCGCUGAAGAUGGACCGCAAUAGGCUGAUCCAGGACCUGAAGGACCAAGCCAUGGCUGUGGACAACCUGCAGUUGGAGCUGGACGGUGUCUCUGAGGAGUUAGACAGGAGGAGGAGCACCGAGGCAGCUCUGCAGGAGGCUCUGAAGCAAGAGCAGACCAGGACCUCCCAGUUCCGGUCCAGUCUGGAUGAGCAGAAGGAGGAGGUCUGUCGUCUGAGCCAAGAGAACGGGAGCUACAUCCGGCUGGCUGACCAGCUCUCCACCCAGAUCGUAGAGAUGGAGGAGGAGAUCUCCACGCUCAGAGACCAUCUCAGAGAGCUCAGUUCCCAGCUCAACGGGACCGCAGACCUGGUCCUGGACCUCAGGAGGCAGCUCAACACCAAAAACAGCGAGGUGGAUUGGCUCCGGGCUGAGGUGGCAGACGGCACUGAUCAUCUACAGGAGUCCAAGGCCUCCGUUGAUAAGCAUCACCGCGACAUUCAGCACCUGUCCAACCAGCUAGAAGCCAAGAACGCAGAGAUGGACUCUGUCAGGCAGCAGGUCUUCCAGCUGCAGCAGGCGCUGCAGGACUCCCAGAACCAGCUGAGGACAGCAGAGGAGGACUUUGACCGGAAGAAGAGGGGCAUGACGCAGCAGCUGAUGGAGCUGGAGAAGCUGGUCCUGGCCCUGGAGGAGGUGAUGGACCCGGCCAGUCCACACAGGACUCAGCUGGAGGAGGUUCGAUCAGAGAACGGAGCUCUCCAGGAGCGACUCAGCGUCCUGCAGCAGGAAGUCCAGAACCUGGAGGACGAUGUCGCCAAGAGGAGGAGGAAACUGGAGGAGAUGGAGAGAGAACACGAGAGGAGCAGAGAAGAAGAGGAGAGGCUGCACAAAGAGAACUCCAGGUACCGUGAGGAGGUUCUGGAUCUGAGCAGCAGGAACCUGCAGCUCAGUAACGACAACGCCGAGCUGAGCGCCCGUCUCCGUGGAGACCAGGAGUCGGUUCGGAUGCUGCGGGAGCGGCUGGCGACGGUAUCCAGGGAGCAGGAGAAGGAGGGAGCUUCGGUGCGGCGGCUGCAGGAUGCGGCGUUGCAGCAGGAGAGAGAGAAGGCGCAGCAGCAGGCGGCCUGGACGCAGGAGAAACAGCUGCUGGAGCGAGAGCUCAGCUCCUACAAGGAGAAGCUGAGCCGUCUGCCAGAGCUGGAGGCGGAGCUCAGCGGCGUGGCGCUGAAGCUGCAGUGGUUGGAGGAGGAUAAAAGCAAACUGCUGAGAGAAGCCGACGACAGAAAUCACAAGGUGGAGAAGCUACAGCAGUCGCUGCUCUCUCUGGAGUCAGAGGCCGAGCUGCUUCGCACUCAGCUCCACGCCGUCAAUCAGGAGAAGCUGGGCCACGCCCAGGAAGUGAGCGACCUGCAGAGGGAGCUGCAGAGCGCUCAGAGCAAGGUGGAGGAGUUGGAGACCAGCGUCAGGAAGCUGAUGAGGGAGAAAGAGGAGCUCCAUCGGGCUCUGGAGGAGCAGGAGGAGCAGACCUCCAUCACUCUGCAGGAGGAGUCCCACAAACUGAGAGUCCAGAACCAGGAGCUCCAACACAAGCUGUCGGAGCUGCAGGUUCAGGGUCUGGAGGUCCACAAACUGACCCAGGAGCAGCAGAACCUGAAGACCAAACUGAAUGAGCUGGAGCAGAAGCGAACGCAGGCUCAGGACCAGGCGGAGCGGGCUGAUGCAGCUCUCGGGCUGGCGCAGGCGCAGCACCUGAGGCAGCUGCAGCAGCUGCAGGAGCGGGCGGGGGAUGGCUGCAGGGAGCAGGUGGAGCUGCUGCAGGCCCGGCUGGUGGAGGAGCAGAGGAGGAGUCAGCAGCUGGAGGAGACUCUGAGGCUUCAGGCCCAGCAGAGCAGCUCCCAGAUCAGCAUGAAGCAGGAUCAGCACGAGAAGGCCAUGUCUGCCCUGCAGCAGAGGAUGGAGGAGCUGGAGACCAAACUGAAGGGAGUCCGCAUAGUCCUGCAGGAGAAAGUCCAGCAGCUCAAGGAACAGCUGGCGAAGAACACGAAGUCCAGCGUGUUGCUGAAGGAUCUGUACGUGGAGAACUCUCAGCUGAUGAAGGCUCUGCAGGUCACCGAGCAGCGGCAGAAAAACGCAGAGAAGAAGAACUUCCUGUUGGAGGAGAAAGUGAAGGCGCUCAACAAACUGCUGAGAGAAAUCGUCCCCGCCUCGCUCGCCACGUAGCUGCCGAACGAGAGCAGCGGCUGGUCUGAGAUCAGUUCCACUAAAGCAGCUUCAACAUGGAGACAUCAGUACAGAGAGAGGUCCAGGGUGUCUUUAGCUUAGCUUAGCACAAUGACUGGAGACGGGGGGAAACUGCUAGCCUAAAUCCACAGUAGAGAAAGAAGUCUGGAUUGAAAACAGAUUUCAGACCAGAUCAGAGAUUCAGGCAGCAGAUGGAAGGUUUAAACACCUGCUGGGUGAGGAAGACCAUGAGAGGUGGGUGAAAGCUUAAAAAUUAGCUUGUUCAAGAAUGAACUUUGACCCUCAACAAAUGCUGCAAAGAACGUUUUCAUUCUCCGUUAAUCUGCAGAGUAUUCUCAAUAACAAUCAUUUCUGAAGAAUGAAUUCCUCAUUUUAUCAAAGAAAAAACAUGUGACCGCUGACAUCCUGAUCAGCCAAUCAGAGCUCGGAGUCAGUUCAGCAGAUGAAACAGUCCUGUCCAUCAAACAGCCCGUCACAGUUCUUCAGUCAUCAGUCUGCUGCUGACUCGUUUCAACGUGGCUCGCUGUUUAAUCCCUUUGUACAGAAUAUACGUGUUCACUCACCUGAGCCUUCAGGGCCCCCGUAGUUUAUCAUAAUUUAUUUUACAGUGGAGUUAAAGUCGCAGCCUGAGCACAGCUGACUGCCAGCAGGUGUCGCUCUGUUGAAAGCAUCGGAAUGAUUAAGCGUUGAGAUGUUACUGUGGAGGUUCACAGGUAAAGGUGUGUCCGGGUCCUUUGAGUCAUCACCAGCCUCACCUGUGUUCAGCAGGUGUGAAUCUGUUUCCAUAAAGCUGCUUUACAGAAACUGAACUGUUGUUUGUUCUGGAAGGAUGAAGGAAAACCAGUCUGACCACACACACACACGGACACGGACACGGACACGCACACGGACACGCACACGCACACACACACACACACAGUCUGAGUAUUGCAGCCAUGAGGGUAUUCACUUUGUUUUAUGUAUUUUUAUGUUGUUUUUAAUGUCAAAGUGAGACUUUUAUUGUGAAGUUUUAAUGUCUGCAGACAGCUGCUGUCCUGAUCACAUGUUCAGUUUUCUGGUUUCUGUUUCAGUCUGUAGUUUUUCCCUCAGAGUGAGACCUACUUCUCCUCCAAUCAGCUGUCUGUUCAGGUACAACGAACCAAAUCACACCUGUCUGUGGACCAAAGUGUGGGACAGACAGGUCAUUGCUGUCUUCUGUCCACCGUGUAUGAUAAUGUAACAUGAAAACCACAUUAAAUUAUCAGUUUUUAUCACUGCUGUGAUUUCACGUCGUUUUAUUCUUUGUCAUGAAGCUGCAGGCGUCAGCAGCCGAACGCUGACUCAGCACUAUCUGCAGGCUGUGA